GACGAGCUAGCUUGGUAUUCAAACGACUUGAUUUAUUGUACAUCCAUCCCCGAAAGAACAAACAGAUCUCCAACUGCAACUACGAAGCACUGGCUUUUCAUCAAUCUCCGAUAACAAGUAGAACACGAAGCAACUGCACCAUCUUCAAAAAAUCAUGUUUGCCUCUCUGUUCGGUUCCGCUGCGGUCGUCGCGACCGACGACAAGCAGCUGACGGAGAACCAAACCGCCACCUCAGACAAAGGUGACGACGCCGCGACUACCACAUCCACCCCGAGCGCCGGGCAGAAGGCUUCUUAUCAAAUGCAAAUAUGUUUUUGCGGUCUGGCGUUGUUACAGCUACUUGGCUUCCUCUUAAUCCCUAGUGCGCAUGACAAAAUGAUGUGACGCAAUUUUUGCGUGAAACAAGCUCGGUUUUUGUCGAUCAUGCGGCAAAAUGAUCAAGGGUCUUCCAGAAUGAAAUCGAAGACAAGCAUCACAAGUUCCUCUUCUCCAGAUCCAGACAUAUUUGCAAUGCAUAAUUCUUCCGCCGCUACCAAGGACGAACCCACCCUGGCAGACUACGUCGCCAUGCAGGCCGAAAUGGUGGAGAAGGACAAGGUAUCACACGUGCAAAAAUAUCAUGAUGUCCUCGUCAUCGUGCAAGCUCUUGCACCAGUCUGGCAUGACCACUGAUCAGUGAUUUACUCAUACCUGAUUCUGCAUGAGAGAUUCCAGCUUUGUUCCCAUACUGAAAGAAAAUUUGUCAUGCAAAAAUUUGCAGUUGCGCUUGCAGUAGAUGGAAACAAAUUGAUGGAGAUGGACACAAAAAACGUUUUUGCAAUAUGCAUACAAGGAGUUGGAAUCGAAGAAGCAGGAGUUCGGCGAGCAACAGGUGAAAUUGAAGUCCUGUGAGGAAUAUGCAUUGCAAAAGUAUCGCACUCUUUCGUUUUACUGAUUGCAGUCCUGCAUGACAAAUCGAACUCUCUGCCUGAUAUGGCAUGACACACUCCGUUUUUGUUCUUGAAAAAAUUUGUAAUGCAAAUUGUGUGUACUGCUUGUGGGAUACUUGUGCAAUGCAUAAGGAAGAGAUUGCCGGUUUGAAAAAGGAGAUCAUGGAUUUGAAACUCGCCACCGCGGCCGGGUUCCUGGCGGGGCUGAAAACCAUGUGCGUCUGCAAGUAAGGACGAAGGGAGCGAUGGUGAGGAGGAAAUUUACGACUAAAAUGGAAGAUUUGAUAUCAGUAGCUGUCAACCAGCACACCGACUGUGGCUGCGAGGAUGUUGAGAAGAGAUCUCUGAUUAAUACCGGAGGGAAAGGUGCGUCGAGGAAUGGUUGGGUGAUGUGGUUGUGGAAGCAAUUUGAUAUACGUCAAAGUGAAAGUAGUUUUACAACACAGAACUUACAAAAUUUAUACACAGAACUUACCAGCAUGAUCUUUUUAUCUAAAUGCGCAAUAAAACAGCAAAAUAGACUGGAGUGCGAGCAGACCGAAACCUGCAGUAAUCGAUGCAGUGAAUAGUUUCAGUUCUAGCAUAGGCAAUGUACAAAGAAGUCCACAUGACAUACACUUACACAUAGCUCUAGGAACAAUGAUUAAGGUAGCUAUGAGUGAUGCGUUACUGGGUCUACGAAUGUCAAGUUUCACUUCAUUCGAGGAGGCAGUGCGUCUCAGAUCUUGAUGAGAUGAAGUAAUCGUAAUAUUUGUGCAGUUGAAGCCAUCUUCUUAGUCUUCCAUUCACCAGUUUUACUGCCUCGUCUACUUUGUCUGUAAACAGCCCACGAGCGG